UGCAACGGCAUGUCCAACCGGUUCUGGGGAUGGGGGAGAGAAGACGAUGAAUUCUACAGGAGACUAAGAAGUGCUGGAUUACAGCUCUUCAGGCCCAGUGGGAUAAAAACAGGGUAUAAAACCUUUCGCCACAUCCAUGACCCUGCCUGGAGGAAGAGAGACCAGAAGAGAGUGGCUGCACAGAAACAGAAGGAACAAUUCAAGGUUGACCCUGAGGGCGGGUUGACUAACUUGCAGUACAAGGUGGAGUCGAGACAGGAGCUGACUAUUAGUGGAGCCCCUGUCACUGUCCUCAACACCAAACUGGAGUGUGACACAGACAAGACUCCCUGGUGUCUGCUGAACUAAGAUGGCCCYCGUGAUAGACCYAUGCUGCCUCUCAUCUGGGUUAUGUUCAUUWUCCACCAAAYGGAAUAAAACAGACUAAAACAGGGAGGGACUACCUGAGCUUCUGGAAUGAGAAACACUUGUUUUUGUGUGCCCUAAUGAAUAUGACCCUGGUGCUACAGAGGGGUGAUGUUUCCCCUACCUGAUGUGUCUGGAAGACAUGGAUAAAAAAUAAAAUGUAGAUUAUUAUUUAAUUUUUUUAUCAAACAACCGCAUCAGAAGACAUGGGUGCCAUCUUCUGGCCGACCCAGAGAAGAGGCUUUGGCCUUUGACCUCAGCAACGCCUUCCCUCAUUGGAGAGAUGGAAUGUAUUUAUAUUGAACUAGCUAUAUGAUGUCAUCCUUUACAACUGUAUGUCUAACUUUCAUUCAGAACUGUGAGUGACUGGAUCUGUGAGUGACUGGAUCUGUGAGUGACUGGAUCUGUGAGUGACUGGAUCUGUGAGUGACUGGAUCUGUGAGUGACUGGAUCCGUGAGUGACUGGAUCUCAUGCAGGCCUAACUUCAGGGGCUUUGAACUACAGACACUUUGCCAAUAUUGACGAUACAUGAAAGGAAAGGUGUACUGAAAUAAUAAGCAAUGGCCGGCCUUUGUA